AUGACCGGCAGCGACUACGCGAAGCUGGCGCCCGUGGGAGCCGCUUUCGCCGCGGGCCAGGUGGCCACUGUGGCCUCUCUGGGAGCCGUGGCGGUGUCCUUCACCCAUGUGGUGAAGGCCCUGGAGCCAGCCGUGAACGCCAUCGCGUCUGCCUUGGUCCUCGGGCAGGUGUUCCACCCCAUGGUCUACGCAUCGCUCCUUCCCGUCUUCGCUGGUGUGGCGUUGGCAUCGUCCAAGGAGCUGUCCUUCACCAUGUUUGGCUUCCUGACGGCCAUGGCAUCCAACUUCUUCUUCGUGACCCGAAAUGUCCUCGCCACGAAGUUCGGCGAUGUCGGUGACAUGGGCGAGGACAAGACGCAGAGGAAGACCAACCAGCUGGCUGUGCUGACUUUCGUCGCCACCAUGGUGCUCCUUCCCCUAGUGCUCUUCCUCCCUGGCGGCCUCCUCUCGAUUCCCAGCGCCUGGAACGCUGCCUUGGCCAAGGGCGUCUCGGCCAAGCAACUUGGAUUCAUGCUCGCCGCCUCUGGGUUCCACUUCUUCAUGUACCAGCUCUCUUCAUUCUGGGUCCUGUCCUGCGUGCCGCCUAUCACCCACAGCGUCUUGAAUACCUUGAAGCGCGUGGUCAUCAUCAUCGUCUCCAUCAUCGUGUUCCGAACGCCGGUGACCCCUCAGAGCGCUGCCGGAACUGGCAUUGCCAUUGGCGGCGUUUUGCUGUACUCGCUCACGAAGGCGCACUACGCAAAGAAGGGCAAGUCCCGUGCUCAGCACGAAAAGAGCACAAUACGUCUCAAGUCUGUGAAAGGAGCCGCGGCCUUCGCCAGCAGCGCCACGGGCUCCACGAGACCCUCCUAUCUCCGGCCAACUGGUCUCAGGCCGCCCGGACUGGCUGCUCGCCCUCCAGGCCGGACCUAUGAGCUACAGCAGAAGAAGGCAGUGGACAUCGAGACCAAGGUGCUGACGCACAAGAUCCAGUGGGGAGUCGACCCGGGCCUCUUCAACCCCCUAUUCGAAGAGAUGAACGGCGUGCCCUGCCUAGACAAGGUCCAGGAGUAUCACCUCGUCGCCGCAAUGGAUAUGGUCCUGGAGCAGUUCUCCAAGGACGUAUCCAGGAUCCACAACAGCCUCUUCCGCAAGACCACUCUGAAACCCAAGCAGCUCACAUUCGAGGAAAUCUUUAACCCUCUGGAAGUGUGUUUGGAUCGUGUGGAAAAGACCUGGGGUGCAAUCUCCUUGUUGCGAAAGUCCUGGCGUCCAUCCAAUGAGGUCGAUGAGAUCUAUCACAGCCUCUCCUAUCGCGUCGCCACGGCAGCUGGCAUCCUAUCCCAGUCGGACAUCCUCCACCAGGCCCUUUACCAGUUGCUCCAGCUCAGUGAAGGUGACCUGAGCGAAGCUCAGUAUCGCGUGGCCCGGCGCCUCCUCUGGGAGGGAGUGACCAUGGGCGUGGAGGUUGCUGACCACGAGACGAUGCAGGCCCUCGACGAAGGCCGUGCAGUCAAGCUGAUGCAAGCCAGCUUUCCACAAAGACUCUACGGCGAG